GAACUUCAAAGGUAAAUACAGAAAAAACGUAAAGAGAAAUAGGGGAUUGGAUUUGGAUACGGAUACGAGGGUUCUCUGAUCAAACCCUAGAGUUCGUCUUCUUUUGUUCCUGUUCAUGCGAUAAUAAUAUCCAUCGGUUUCUUCUGGGAUACACUCAUCAAAUCGCUCAAGAUUUCUCUAACCUUUUCCUCGAGAUCGUCUGCAAUUUCACCGCGGCUUCCAUUUUAUUUCCCAGAGUCGUUGGCUUGGAGAGUUUCUCGAGAUCGUCUGGAUUGAAGCCAUUCGUUUGAUUUAUCUGUCGCGGCCGGUUCAUAAGGACAUUUCUGCAGUGUAGCUGAGCAUUGUCCCCUGCGAUAUUUAUUGGAAUCAAUUCAAACUUAUGGGAGAAUCUCGUUGAUCUGAUGCCAUCUUGAAGCGCGUGAGAGAGGUUUCGCCUAUCGAAUUUGUUGAAGUCGAAUCAGAGAAGUAAAGAAUCAUAUUGAGUUUUUCCCCUCUUGUAGUUUACAUUUUUGUUCUAUUUGGGAAAUCAAAUUCUGGCCUCCAUAUUUUUUUUUAAUUUAAGGAAGGGCUUGGAUUAAGGUUUUUUCAAAAGAGUAGAGAGAUUCUUGUGUCGUGUGUUUUUUAGUAAUACAUAUAUAUGUAUUUUGAUUCAUUAUCAGAUUAAAUCCAAUGGCAAUUUAUUACAAGUUUAAGAGUGCGAGGGAUUAUGAUACCAUCCCCAUGGAUGGUCCUUUUAUAUCAGUUGGUAUUCUCAAAGAAAAAAUUUACGAAACUAAGCAUUUGGGAAGUGGUAAAGACCUUGACAUUGUCAUCUCUAAUGCCCAAACUAACGAAGAAUAUCUAGAUGAAGCAAUUCUGAUCCCUAAGAAUACUUCUGUUCUAAUUCGCCGGAUCCCUGGACGCCCUCGCAUCAGAGUUAUUACCACACAAGAGCCAAGAGUUCAGAAUAAAGUGGAAAACGUUCGGGCUGAAAUUAACAAUUUUGCUACUGCUGAUAUAUCUACGGCUGAAGAUGAAUUUGAUGAGUUUGGGAAUGAUUUGUAUUCAAUUCCUGAUGCCCAAUCUAUCCAUUCUAGUCACGUCCCUGCACCAGCCGAUGAUAAAGUAGAUGAAGAAGCCAAAUUAAAGGCGUUAAUUGACACUCCAGCAUUAGACUGGCAGCAACCAGCUACGGAUGGUUAUGGCCUAGGAAGAAGUUAUGGAAGGGGAAUGGCAGGAAGGAUUGGUGGACGCGGUUUUGGAAUGGAAAGGAAGACGCCGCCACCAGGCUAUACCUGCCAUCGUUGCAAUGUUCCUGGACAUUUUAUUCAACACUGCUCCACAAAUGGUGAUCCUAACUAUGAUGUUAAGAGAGUUAAACCACCUACUGGUAUCCCUAAGUCAAUGCUGAUGGCGACCCCAGAUGGCUCUUAUUCCUUGCCAAGUGGCGCAGUAGCAGUUUUGAAACCAAAUGAGGAUGCUUUUGAGAAGGAAAUGGAGGGGUUGCCAUCAACAACACGUUCUGUUGGAGAAUUUCCUCCUGAACUCAAAUGUCCAUUGUGCAAAGAAGUAAUGAGAGAUGCUGCACUGACGAGCAAAUGCUGUUUCAGUAGUUUCUGUGACAAGUGUAUCAGGGAUUAUAUCAUUGCGAAGUCAAUGUGUGUCUGUAAAGCAACUAAUGUACUAGCUGAUGAUCUUCUACCAAACAAGACCCUAAGGGAUACUAUAAACCGUAUUUUGGAGUCUGGUAACAGUAGUGCUGAAAACGCUGGCAGCAUGUGUCAAGUUCAAGAUGUGGAGUCUGCACGAUGUCCACCGCCCAAGGCUCUAUCACCUACUACAUCUGUUUCAUCUGGAGACAAAAAGAUACCAGCUCCUAGUAACAACAAUGAGACUUCAAUUCUAAAGCCGUCAGUAGAAGUAGCGGAGAUCACAAGUACUCCCCAGGUGUCUGCAGAAGUGGCUAAAGUGGAAAAGCCAAUUGAUGCAACUGAAAACACUCAAGAAUCCUUGAAUGGUAAGGAAGCUGCAGUUUCUGAGCUGAAUACGCAGGCAACCAAGGAAGUAAUACCACAGCAGGUUGCUUCUGGGGAGCAAGGAAAAAGAAAGAAAAAGAAACCUCGGAUGCCUGGAACUGACAUGCAAUGGAAUCCCAUGUCAAAUCUAGCAGGCCCUGACUAUAUGAUGCCCAUGGGUUCAGGUCCCGGUAAUCAGUACUUCAAUGGUGUGCAAACCGGCUUCAACGGCGUUCAACCUGGGUUCAAUGGCUUUCAUCAUGGUUUUAAUGGGUUUCCAGGCCCUUUUCCUGGGGCGAUGCCACCUUUUGUUGGCUAUGGAUUAGGCUCCAUGGACUUGUCAUUUGGCAGUAUGAUGCAUCCAGAUCCUUUCGCUGCACAGGGCUUCGGGUUCCCUAAUAUACCACCACCUCAUAGGGACCUUGCAGAGAUGGGGAAUCGUAUGAAUCUCCAACGUCCUAUUAUGGGGAGAGAGGAAUUUGAAGCUAAGAAAGCUGAGAUGAAAAGAAAACGUGAAAACGAAAGACGGUCAGAAGGAGGGAAUGUCUACAGGGACGGUGAGAAGAGCAGAAUGAUGAACAACAACUCGGCAGCCUCUUCCUCGCCCAUGAAACCAAAAACUAAACAGGGACCUCUGCCACCGGUUUCGCCGGAAUACGACCUUCGCCGGCGAUCGGAGAGAUUUUCACCGGAGCGACAGUCAUCUCGGAGGCUCAAAUCUCCCUCUCGAUCAUCAAGCAGGAGAUCUGGGCGCGAUCAUCACCAUGACAUCGAUUCCGAACACGACCGCCGGCGUGACCGCCACAGAGAGACAGAUCGCAAGCAGCGUAAGAGAUCCGAAAAGCAAUCAUCGGAACCAACUGCAACAGAGAUUGAUGAUAACAAGUCCAGCGUGUUCGCUCGCAUAAGCUUUCCAGAGGAGGAGCCUUGUAGCAAGCACCGUAAGGCAUCAUCAAAGUCUUCUCCAGCGCCUCAAGAGAGCAUCGUCGCCGCUGUUUCAUCAGGUCGUCGACAUAGUAAGAGAGAAAGAGAGUCUGCAGAUUCAAGUGAUGAUGAAGACAGACAUUUCAAGAGGAAGCCAUCAAGGUACAAGCGAUCUCCUUCGGUGGCAGUACUACCUUUCGACGCCGGUGGUGAUGAGCAUUCCCGCCAUUCCAAGCGGUCAAAAGGAGAAAGAUCGCGAGCUUGAUUCAGAUGAAUGCAUAAAUGACUGAAACGGCCUUCAUCGUCAGCUGCAUGGAGACAAUGCUGUGGAAUGACCAGCCGUUAGAAAAACAAAAAAAAGUAAUAUGUAGUAAUCUAUUUUGUUGCGUUAAGUAGAGAAAAAGUCCUCUGUAAUGGAAUGUUUAUGUAAUAUAAAUGGGUUUUAUUUUGAUCCUCCCUUUUUCAGUUUUUA